AUGGAGAGUAAGCCUAUCAAUUCAUUUUUGGACAAAUUAACAAACCUUUUUGCUCACCAUGAAAAGCAAGAACUCCAAACACUGACUGAGGAAAGUCAAGAUGUGACUUCUUUUCAUUAUUUGACUGAGAAAGGAGAGGUUAAUGAUAAAAAAAAUAGUGUUCAAAGGCAGGAUGGUUUCGAUGAUCAAGUGGAUGCUUUUGAUAUAAUUGUUAAGACUUCACAAACAAAUGCUGAGGAAGACAGAACAAAGGACCAUGUCAACAGAUCAGAGCAUCAGAAUGUUAAUGAAAUUGAUUUUUCUUCAGAAAAGGAGGAAGUGGAUUUGCACCUGAAUGUUGACCACCAAAGAGAUAAGUACAAUAAAACAUCAGCAGCAUGCCAGACUGACCAGGAUGUAACAGAUGGUCAAGCUGACACACCGUCUAAAUCACUUAGCGAGGUCUCAGCCUGUGACAGUGCUAAAAGACUGGACAAACAACUUGAUAACCCAGCACUCUGUACAGUGGAUAUUACUGUUUUCAGAGAAGAAUCUUCAGACAAUGAGCAACAGUUUGUAUCAAAAAGCAAUGAUAAGGAUAUGAGCAAAAACAGACUCAAGCAGGGCAUAUCUAGAAAUGAGACCAUUGUUAUGGAAUCUGGUAUAAGCAAUGAGAAGCUGUUUGGUGUUGUGCUGCAGAAUGAGAAAGAAGAAGACCACACUGAGGAAACCAGCAGCAGCAGCAAAGAAACAAUGACGAUUGUCAGAGAGAACACUGAGGAAGAACCAUUGAAAGACAGAGUCUGUCAGGAUGUCCUCACAGACAUUCAAAUGCAAAUUCAGCAGGAAGUAUCUGCUGCUGAGAGCAAAAUAGAGCCUGAUGGAAAUCUUCAAAACUCUGCAGAUGUUCCAAAGGUAACCAAAGCUGGUGUAAAUGAGCACACUCUGACUAACCACAACCAGGCAUCCACAAACAUGGACUUUCAGACCACUUUAACAUAUUGUGAAGUUGAAGAUCUUUCUGCAGAAUCAUCUGUUGAUAUUGAAAAGAUCCAAACGAGAGAUGAGACUGCAGUUGGUCAAGCUACAUGCAAUGGAAGCAGCACAGAAUCAGACAGCAAUUUUGUGGAGGUCCAUCCACCUACCACAAGCCAGAAGAACCAAAUGAAACAUUCUGAGACUGGAGGAGAGAUUUCAGAAGGUUCUGACCUCUGUGACACUGAAGAACACAGUUCAUCUGACCUAAAUAAAAAGAAUAAUUUGGAGCCUGAACUGUUAUCUUCAGACAUCCAGCUGGAGGAACAGGUGGUAAAAGGAGAAAUUAAUAAAGAGAACGAAGAAGAAAUAAUACAAGAAGAGACCAUGUUAGAUACAGAUUCAUCUUCCACUGAGAAGACCACAACAGGCCAAACCCCUAAAUCUGUAAAAGAAAACCCGCUCCAACUGUCGUCCCUCUUCACCGGGCUGCUCAGCCCCAAGAAAGAAGCCCUUGAGGAAAAAGACACUCCAGAGCAACCCCAAAGCCCUGCCAAAAGAGGACUUUUUACCGAUCAGUCUAACAAGAAAGAAGUCAAGGGAGACUUCGUAGAACAGCUUACCCAAUUCCUCAGCAAGGGGGAAGGAAAGAGAAAGCAAGAGAGCAUGACAAGCCCCCCACUGUCUCCAAUCAGUCAGGAUCCUGCAGAAAAUCCAGAGAAAACUGUAGAGGAGCCAGCCAAUACCCAGUCUGAGGAAACAAACAAAUCUACAAAUGCGGAGACGGCCCUAGGUGCAUUGAAGUCUUUCUUCACAGUUAAAUCUGCCAAGAAAGACACUUCAAAUCGCAUGGACCUGGACACUGUAAAGAGGAAGAUCAACAAGGACAAAGACGUCCUCAAAGCCUUCUUUGAUAGGAGGAGCUCAAGCAAGUCUCCAGACAACAAAGAAACUACUGAUUCCAAAGCUGAGGUGAGUGAGGAGCACACCCCAAAGCGACUUCAGACUGUUUGGCCUCCACCGAAACCCAAAUACGAAGAGGAAAAGAUUGGUCUAAAAUACACUGAAGCUGAGCAUCAGGCAGCGCUUCUGCAGCUAAAAAGAGAAUGUAAUGAAGGGGUGGAGAAGUUACAGGCCGACUUCAAACUUGAGCUCUUCCGGUUACAAAAGAAGAACGAAGAGGAUCUGUCCAGACUAGGAUCAACCAUUGCCAGCUUACAAAGAGAGAGAGACAAAGAGAGAGGCAGAGAUCACAGAGAUGUUGCUGUGUCCACUGACGACAACAUCAAGCCACGGGCCUUCUGCUCUGUGUGUAUUCAGACAGAAAGAGAGACCAAGGAAGAUGCCAAGGAAGCCCAGAGCAGGAGUUUUGACCCCCUGCCUAAAAAUGUUGACCUCAACUCAACAAAAAUCUUUACUGGCAAACAAAAGACAGUUCCUCCUUCAGCUCCUCCACCUGUAUCGCUUCAGUUACAGAUGGAUAGCAACAAUACUCCACCUCCUCCUCCUCCUCUUCCUCCUCCUCCUCCUCCUCCUCCUCCUCUUCCAACAAGCCCUUGUACUCCUAAUGUACCUCCACUUCCUGCUCAGCCACUAGAUAGGCCAGGAAGUGUGCCUCCUCCACCACCUCCACCAAUGACAGGAUGUGGUCUGCCACCACCCGUCCUCCACUCUGUCCCCCCUCCCCCUCCUCCUGGAGUUGGUAUCUUCCCCAGUAAAGCAGCAGACAAUCCUCCUCGCAAGCCGUCAAUGGAGCCAGUAUGUCCAAUGAAACCACUGUACUGGACACGAAUACAGAUUCAAGAUCACAGGAACAAUAUGCUAUGGAGUUCCCUGGAAGAGCCAGAGAUAAUAAACACCAAUGAGUUUGCGGAACUGUUUGCUAAAGCCACAUCGCCCACCAAAAGAAAGCCCCUAUCCGAAGCCUAUGAGAAGAAAACCAAAGCCAGGAAGGUCAUUAAAUUACUGGAUGGCAAGCGCUCUCAGGCCGUGGGCAUCCUAAUCUCAAGUCUCCAUCUGGAGAUGAAGGACAUCCAGCAAGCUGUUUUGACUCUGGACAAUUCUGUGGUUGACAUGGAUGCUAUUGAAGCCCUGUAUGAAAAUAGAGCUCAGCCUGAGGAGUUAGAGAAGAUUAAGAAACACUAUGAAACCUCAGACGAGGAGCAGGUCAAACUACUGGACAAGCCUGAACAGUUCCUGUAUGAACUCUCCCAGAUCCCUGAGUUCUCCAGUCGAGUUCACUGUUUAAUUUUUCAGUCGAAGUUCACUGACGCUGUAGCCUCCAUACAGCGCAAGACUGAGAUUAUUCUCCAGGUCUGCAAGUAUCUGUUGGAGAAAGACAGUAUGAGGGAGGUGAUGGGACUGGUGCUUGCUCUGGGAAACUACAUGAAUGGAGGCAGCAGAGCUCGAGGACAGGCCGACGGCUUCGGGCUUGAGAUACUUCCCAAGCUUAAAGACGUCAAGAGCAGGGAAAACCACAUGAGUUUCUUGGACUACAUUGUUUCCUACUGUCUGCAUCACCUUGAUAAGAAUGCUGGGACAGAAAAGAGCAUCUUUCCUUUGCCCGAACCUCAAGAUGUUUUCCUUUCCUCUCAAGUGAUGUUUGAUGACCUCUCAAAGGACCCGAGGAAGCUGAACAGAGACCUGACAGUUUGUGAAAAGGAUGUCCUAACUGUGUGUACCAACUCAUCUCAUGAGCACAUACAUCCCUUCAAGGAGAAAAUGGAAUUUUUCAGUGCCAAUGCACAAACAGAGCUAAUUACUGUGGAACUUCAAGUGAUAUCGGCACGUAAAAGCUUCUCUGACCUAGUGGAGUACUUUGGACUGAAGCCACGUUCCGGAGAGCAAGAGAUUGUGCCUGGCCAUGUUUUCACACUUUGGUUUGAAUUCUGCAAUGAUUUCAAGAUCAGAUGGAAGAGAGAGAACAAGGUCAUAUCCAAACAGAGAAUCAAAGAGGCCCAACAUUCAGUGCGCAACAUGACAGCAGAGAAGAAGACUGAGACCAGACAGGCACAUGCGAAUGGACUGAAAGAGAGAUUGCGUCUUAAAGAAGCAAGUCUGACCACCAGCUAACCCCCUCUGCCAUUUCCAAAGAGGACCAGAUACGUUUAUAUUUAAGACCCAGGCACUUGCAUUAUUGGCAGGGUCAGAAUGAAGUGCACCUGCUUGUGUGGCACUUUUCCACCAGAUUGCAAGUUAGAGGAUGACAGUCUUUCAGUGUAGUGGAUCCUGUGUAUAAACCAACAACA